UCGCAAUGGAACGCGUGAGUGUGGUCCUUAUACUUUUCGCCCUACCUCCCUUGCUUAUUGCCCAAGGCCAUUUUAGUUUUCACUUCGCCCAAUUCAAUUCAUCGACCAUUGAAUUGCUUGGGGAUGCUUCAGUGCAAUCCAAUGCCAUCUGUCUUAAUCAUCCAUCCCAAUUCAGUAUCGGCCGUGCUUUUUAUCGACACCAAGUGCGUAUGAAAGAUCGUGGGUUUAUGAAAUCUACUUUGUCUUUCAGCACAACUUUUGUUUUUAGCAUUGUUCCUCCUUCAGAUUCAGUAACCGGUCAUGGGCUGGCGUUUCUAAUGACGCCCCACAAAUCUCCAGAGGGGUUUUUAGCAAGUCAGUAUCUUGGAUUGAUUAGCAAUUUAUCAACUAUGGGAGAGGCAUCUAAUCAUCUGUUUGCAGUCGAGUUUGACACAGUAAAGAACGAGGAAUUUGACGACAUCAACGACAAUCACGUUGGUGUGGAUCUCAAUGACCUCAGAUCAGAAAGCUCUAAACCUGUGGGCUACUGGAUUGGUAACAGCCAGUUCCGAAAUGUAGAUCUCAAAAAAGGGCAGAAUAUUCAAGCUUGGAUUGAUUAUGACAAUCUUCAAAACGAGCUCAGUGUCACCAUUACGGAGGCUGGUUUAAACCGUCCAGAAAAACCACUGAUACGCAUAAAGAAUAUGUCUCCGUCCAACAUUUUUGAGGAAGAAAUGUACGUUGGUUUCUCAGCUGCUACGGGAACCAUUUUUGAUGAGACUUAUAUCCUCGCCUGGAGCUUUGCUACAAACGGACCCGCCCCGUUCCUUAAUACAUCUAGUCUUCCAUCGUUUGUACACAGAAAAUUCAAGAGCUCAAAUUCUACACUAAUAGCCGGCAUAAGCACAGCUUGCGUCGUCCUCCUCCUGUUAGUUGUGGUAGCAUCACUUGUUUGGUUGAAGAGAAACCGGUACAGAGAUAGCAUCGAAGAAUGGGAGAAGGAAUACUGGCCUCACAGGUUUAACUACAAAGACUUACAUAUUGCAACAAAUGGCUUCGGAGAAGAAGAACUUUUAGGGUCCGGAGGCUUCGGCCGGGUCUACAGAGGAGUACUUCCCACAAAUGGCCUCCAAGUGGCUGUGAAAUGUAUUCUUAGAGAAACCUACGAUGGAUUGAAAGAAUUCAUAGCAGAGAUCUCCAGUCUUGGUCGCCUUCAACAUCGAAGUCUUGUGCAAAUCAGAGGCUUCUGCAGGCUGGGCAAAAGGCUAUUCAUAGUUUAUGACUGCAUGCCAAAUGGGAGCCUAGACAAGAUGAUUUUUGGAAACCCAGAGAAGAGGCUCGACUGGGAUCACAGAUACAGAGUCCUCAAAGAUGUCGCUGCGGGGUUGUUGUAUCUUCACGAAGGGUGGGAGCAAUGCGUAGUGCACAGAGACAUCAAGUCCAGCAACGUUUUGCUGGACUCGGAGCUCAAUGGAAAGCUAGGGGAUUUUGGACUUGCCCGUCUGUACGAGCAUAACCAAAAGUCGCAAACCACUCGAGUAGUUGGAACACUGGGGUACAUCGCACCGGAGCUGAUACAGACAGGUAAGGCCAGCCCGGCCACAGAUGUUUUCAGCUUUGGUAUCUUUAUGUUGGAGGUUGCAUGCGGAAGGAGACCCGUCGAUCCCUCUCUCCAACCUGCUCAAAUAGUUUUGGUGGACUGGGUGAGAGAGCGUCAUGCCAGUGGCAGUCUCAUGGAUGCAGCCGACCCGAAUCUUGUGGGACAAUAUGUUGAAGCUGAGAUGGAGAGAGUACUUAAACUGGGACUGCUCAGUUCUAAUCCUCAGUCCGAAGGCAGGCUUGGCAUGAGACAAGUUUUGCAAAUACUCGAAGAAAAAUCUCCAAUACCAGGUUCUGUUAAUCUAUUUGAUUUGGAAUUGAGUGGACCCAGUAGCACUUGGCAGUCUCCUCCAUAUUUCAGUCACAGCAAUGAUACUUCCAUUUCCAUGCCUCUUGACAGACAACAGACUCUGCACAACUAGGUCAAACAUCAGCCUUCUAAUACUCGUUAGCUGACUGUGGCAGUAUGUAUAAGAUGGACCUUUGUGUUCUGUGUUUACCCUGCUUGUUGAUAGCUGACAUAUGUUAGGGAUUCAAGUUGGCGUUUAGACUUAGGGAUACAGGUAUUUGUUCCAUACUCCAUAAUUGGAGCUUAGUAUAGCUUGUAAUGGCGGCAUUUACUCACUCCUUUGGAGAUCGUUGGUUUCAAACUGAAUAUCAUAAUUUUUAAUUGUAAUCCAAGCAGGUCCGGAUGCUUAUUGCUCCCAAUAUGUUCAAACCUCUUAGGGCAUAGUCAGUUGUCUGACCGGCAGCAACUGAAUGGUUGUCUAAGUAAAAGUAGAUGGUUUGAAUCCUAUAUCUCAGUCAGUCUCCCCAUAUCUAGUUCAAAUAUAUUGAGAAGAGACAGAAUUAUAUUGAUUUGUAACUAGAAUUAAUAUAAC